AGCUCUCUACAAGGGCUUCCUUUAACGAUCUGCUGUGAUCCCCAGCUCCCGCCAUGUUGGUAAAAAUUAAAAUCCAUCAAUUUGGCGGGAAAUUUUAGUUUCGUAUUUCAUUAGGGCACCUAAUAACAUAAUAUUCUUAUGCUAUGUCUAUAUUCUAAUGACGAUUUUAAUAAUUUUUAAGCUUUGGCAUUUCAGAAUAAUCUCUCUUUUCAUCAUAUUCUAAUCAAAUAUGGAUAUUCCGAAAAUAAGAAUAAAAACUAAGAAUUAGAUAACUCGUACAAUUUAAUUUCUUAUUUAGAUAACUCGUACAAAUUAAUCUCUUAUUAUAAAUUACGUCAGAUAUUACGUCAUGUCAAUUAUGGAAUCGUUGAAAAUGUGUAUUCUAAUCCAAGUGAUACUUUUCAUGCUUAUUCCAACUCAGGGCAAAAACAUGUGGAAAAUCUUAAAGAAAUACAAAAAUAAAGUACUAAAAAGUCGCAAAAAGUCUGACCUACCCAAAUCCUUAAAACUUGAGGUUAAGCAGUUCUUUAACAAAACACAUAGUGAAUUCAUAAAAGAUGAAGGCGCAGGCGCUGAACUUGAAUGUGAAACGGCCGUUACUCGUUCUAUCUUCCGCCUAUAUCCAAGGGCCACCUAUCGCUGGGUCAGAAAUGAGGGCUAUCUAACAAUGGAACCAGAACGAAUGGUAUUCCGGAUGGGGGACCUCGUCAUACAAGGACUGAAGGCGACAGAUACCGGGCUUUAUUCGUGUAGAUUACAUUAUACAAAAGGAAAGGUGUUGACAGUGGGCGUUUUUUCGCUGUAUGUGAAAUCAGGGGAUUAUCCAGAAACACCCGUUCAUGAGGGAAAAAAAAUCUCUUUACAGUGUAACAGUCAUCUGUUGGGUUUAUUAUAUCCGAAAGCUGUCAGAGAGUGGUAUCUUAAUGGGACAAAAACAUCAUUACAAAAAAUUCCCGCCAGGAAAAAACACAGUGACGUCAUCAAAGAUUCCACUGUUCGCAUGCAAGGAAACUGGUCAUGUGUCGUCCGUGAUCCUGUACAUAGGUGGAAAUGGACAACGGCCUUUUAUCGCGUCAAAAUACUCCCUCCACUUAAAGGAAUAGCUUUUAUUAUUGAUUUUGUUAAGAACAACGUCAAAUUGACAAUAUUUCUUGUCAUUGGGUGUUUUUGCCUGGCUAUGAUGCUUACUGCUAUCCUCCUUGACAAACUAGAGCAAUGGAAGAAACGAAAAGACAAACAACAAAAACGAAUGCUUUACCAGUUCUUAGAAGACAGCGGAAGAGGAUUUUACGACAAUAAUGAUAAUCUCUGUUAUACCGACGAGGAUGGAAAUGUGGUCGUCUGCAAAGUAUCUGAUGAUGAAUCGGAUGAAGAAGGGAUGAUAAAAAGAAGAGUUAAGCAGCUAGGCAGGGCGGGAAAAGCAGCGUUAGAGAAGACAAAAGAUUUCAUACAGGGCGAAGAGGAAGACCAAGAUGAAAAUAAAGAUGACGAUGCUAACGAAAACGCCGCUGACUUGGACAGCACACAUGACGCCUGCUCGUCUAGUUUCGAGGAGGAUAGACAUGUUUCCUUUUUUGAGGGGACAUUAACAGAGGAUAGUUUGGAGACAAGCUUCAAUGGAAGUCGUCCGCUAUUGUCCCAUGAGUAUUCUAACGUGUACUUUAAAUAAUUGUGAAGUGUCUAUUGGAGAAUACAUCACUAGUUUGAAUUUAAUAAAUAUACAUGUAUUUUGAUAUGCAAAUGUACUUAUCUUAAGUAACCCGUCUGCAUUAUAUUCUUCAUACUUUCUCUAAAAAUGAAAUUUAAAUGUAAAACAAGAAGUGGAAUUGCA